GAAUCCUGGAGUCAAGAUUCCUCCAGGCUCCGAAAAUUUCCUGUGAUCCCUGCUUUGCAACUGACCAUCAUGAAGCUCUUGGCCUUCCUGACACUGGUGGCAGUUUCCACCAUCCUGGUUUCUAGCCAGGAUGAAGCAACUGCUUCACAGGACACACCAGCUUCUGAAGCUACAGCCACGAACUCUGACCCUGGCGAAAGUACAGAUGCUCCCAGUGAAAGCACAGAUGCCCCCAGCGAAAGCACGGAUGCCCCCAGCGAAAGCACGGAUGCCCCCAGCGAAAGCACGGAUGCCCCCAGCGAAAGCACAGAUGCUCCCAGCGAAAGCACAGAUGCCCCCAGCGAAAGCACAGAUGCCCCCAGCGAAAGCACGGAUGCCCCCAGCGAAAGCACGGAUGCCCCCAGCGAAAGCACAGAUGCUCCCAGCGAAAGCACAGAUGCUCCCAGCGAAAGUACAGAUGCCCCCGCCACAACCUCUGCUGAUCCCACUUCCACUGCUGCCAGCUCAACUGGUGCUUCAUCUACCACAAAGGCCACCACCACAGCUAGGACUAGACACACCACCCAUCGAUUGUGUUUAUUUCCACGGAUUAACAUAUUUUGCUGAGUUAUCAGUGAGAUGGAAUUAGCCUCGGCCUUCUGCAUUUGAUCCUGCUAGGCUGGGCCAAUAUAGCCCUUGAUUUCUUUUAAUGCAACGAUUCCAUCCCUACUCUAUCUAUCCUAUCUCUAAUCAGUGUAUCUUCUUUAAAAUAAAGAAAUAAUGAGCAACAUGAAAAAAAGGA